UUUGAGACACAUUAAUAGAAGAAUAAAUAAUAUCAACACAGUUAGUUUCUGCGAGUCUACAGAAAGUGAAGUGAUAGGUGAAUUUGGUGCAGUGUGAUCUGUUUUUUAUGGACUUUUUGCUAAACGGGUAUAAUUUAAAUACUUUAACAUGAGAAGCGUUUUAAGGAUACCCCUAAUAUAUUUUAUAUUACUUAUAGCAGGAGUAAACUGUGAUGACAUAAUUGUCGCAAUAAAUGAAAAUGUCAUUGUAACGCCGAAUGAAGCAGGCACCUUUUAUACGGUUUCGAUGAAGGAAAAUAACCACGAUUUCGAAGCUGGUGUUCAAGUGCUAUUACCCCUUUUUAAAAUUGUUGACGCAAAUAUUGAGCCAACAAUCAGUUUUGUUUCUUCAUCCUUCCAGUAUUCUGUGCUUAAAACCAAAGAGGAAACAUCGUCUUAUAUAUUUUAUGCAACACAGUCUUUUGACUACGAGACUCAGCCCUCCCAGUACCUGUUCAACGUUCAGCUGAAUUUGAACUAUACUCCCAGUCUAACAAGAGGUGUAUUAAAUCCAGACUGGAAAUAUUGUGCACUGGUAGAAAUCAAUUUAAUAGAUUACAAUGAUGAAUUACCUGAAUUUAAGGAGACCGAGUAUUAUGUAUCUAUAAACGAAACUGCUAAAAAGGGCGAAUUUAUAGUACAAAUUCUGGCAACGGAUCUUGAUGCAGAGGAUAAAAUUUUAGAACACAGCCUACUUACAUCAGCAUAUGCGAGUCAGAUUUUAGAAAUCGAAUCAGAUACAGGAAAUAUAUAUGUGAGUGCAGAUAAUGCAUUUGACUAUGAUACAGUUAACCCGAUAUUCGUCAUAGUUAGAGGCACUGAUAAAGCUCGCCAUACCACUUCUGUACCAUUAACCAUAAACUUACUCGAUGUAAACAAUAAAGCACCAACUAUAUUUGUGGAAUAUCCGAUUAACGUUGAUGAAAAUCAAAAAUCGGGUACCGUUCUAAAUUCCAGCAUAACGGCCUCAGAUAUGGACGCCACUGCAAAAUUAUCAGCGGAGAUAGACUGGGAUAUGUCUUAUGCAAUGAAGAAUUCACGAAGACUGGAUAUGAAUAAUGAGGCAAUUAGCCAGCAAGUAAAGUUUUUAGAUGUGGAAUAUCAUAGAGUGAAUGAAUUAGAUGAUACUAAUAGAGACAUAGCAAUUGAUUUAAUAGUAAACGGCAAUAAUCCUGAUUGGACAACUCCGGAUUACGAGCUCUUCGAUAUGUUAUUCCUCUCUCUCAAAGUUACGGAUUGGAUGACUGAUCCUGAGUUCAUAGAACAACAAAACACAUCAGUGAUCAUACUAAUCGCUAUAAACGACAUAAACGAUAAUACACCAUAUUUCCCGGAAGCAAAUUUGCCAGAGUCCGAAAGAGAAAAUAGAACUGUUCAAGAGUCCUCACCGAAAGGGACAUCUGUCAGUUCCAUAGUAGCGAUUGAUCUUGACGUUGGAGACACUAUAACAUACGACUGCACGCCACUUGAUCCAAACUUCGACUGGAUUGAUGUCAGUCAAGUAACUGGUGCAUUUACUGUGAAGGACUCAAACCUGAUAGAUGCGGAUACGGACAAAACAUUUUAUUUCAACUAUUCUUGUACGGCUAGCGAUGAUGUGUAUACACAUACUUCCGACCCAUUGAUUGUCCCCUUUUAUAUAAUCGACACCAACAACAAAGUUCCUGUUAUAACAAUUGACGAUACGGUAUAUGUUAAUGAGAAGAGCGAGCCAAAUACAGAGGUUGCUGCAAUCGGCACUCGUGACGAUGACAGAGACAUUCCAUUCCAUACUGUUGCGUGUAAUUUGGAUAAAACAGAGACGUGUGCAGAUAAAUUUAUAAUUGUCAAUAAUGUAAUAUUAGUGAAAAAUGGCUAUGCGGAUAUAGACAGAGAUUUAGGAGAUUCAGUUUAUAUCUGCCCUAUAACAUGCCAGGACAAUCCGCACUUUUUACAAAAUGACAGGAACCCCAAUUAUGUAUCCACAAUAAUAAGAAUUCGGUUGCUGGAUAUUAACGACCACGUCCCAGAAGUUUUGACUACGAAGUUAAGCACUUCUGAAAACGUUGAAAAGGGUGACAUAAUUGGAAUAAUACUAGCAAUGGAUAUAGACGAGGGCGAUAACGCUGAAAUAGAUUUUGAAAUCACAAGCAUUGAAAACUCCAAUGGCGAAGAUAGUUCUGGUUUGUUUGGUAUUACUACAGAUGAAAAUUACUAUGUGGAUUUAACUCACAAGCAGGCAAAUCUGAUUGCAUCUCAAGAUUUGAGAGGGGCGUUUGGAAAUUACACUGUAGCACUCCGGGUACGAUUAAAUUGAUUUUAAUAACAAAAA